AUGACUUACUUGCGUAUUUCAUUUAACCAUCUUGAAGGCCAAAUUCCCAAUUCUUUUGCUAACUUGACACAAAUGACUUACUUGCGUAUUUCAUUUAACCAUCUUGAAGGCCAAAUUCCCAAUUCUUUUGCUAACUUGACACAAAUGACUUACUUGCGUAUUUCAUUUAACCAUCUUGAAGGCCAAAUUCCCAAUUCUUUUGCUAACUUGACACAAAUGACUUACUUGCGUAUUUCAUUUAACCAUCUUGAAGGCCAAAUUCCCAAUUCUUUUGCUAACUUGACACAAAUGACUUACUUGCGUAUUUCAUUUAACCAUCUUGAAGGCCAAAUUCCCAAUUCUUUUGCUAACUUGACACAAAUGACUUACUUGCGUAUUUCAUUUAACCAUCUUGAAGGCCAAAUUCCCAAUUCUUUUGCUAACUUGACACAAAUGACUUACUUGCGUAUUUCAUUUAACCAUCUUGAAGGCCAAAUUCCCAAUUCUUUUGCUAACUUGACACAAAUGACUUACUUGCGUAUUUCAUUUAACCAUCUUGAAGGCCAAAUUCCCAAUAUUGCCAACCUUUCAAAGAUUGUUUAUUUUAAUAUGAGGGGAAACAAUUUUAAAGGUCAAUUCCCAUGUUGGAUAGCCAACUUGACACAACUUGUUUAUUUAGACACUGGGAUGAAUAAACUGACUGGUCCGUUUCCCGCCAACUUAAGAGGGCUUUCAAACUCAAGAUAUUUUUACUCAGAUUAUAACUACCAUAGUGGGACGCUGCCGAGUUGGCUGUUUAAUCUUCCAUCUUUGACGUAUUUAUCACUUGCUGCAAAUGAAUUCACAGGUCAAAUCUAUGAAUUUUCAAAUAAGUCAAUGAUUUAUAUUGAUUUGCGUCAUAACAAGCUACAUGGCCCCAUUCCAUCACACCCGAUGAUGGUCGACCUUCUCCUCUCAAACAAUACAUUCACCGGAGAAAUCCCUUCGAUGAUUUGCAAUGUGAGUUCCCUUGAGAUACUUGCUUUGUCUCAUAAUAGCUUGAGUGGUAUAAUUCCACAAUGUUUAGCAAACUUUAGCAAUGUACUCAGUGUGUUAGAUCUUAGGAUGAAUAAUUUUCACGGAAACAUUCCAUCCACAUUUACAGAGGGAAACAAGUUGAGGAAUAUUGAUUUAAAUGGUAAUCAGUUGGAAGGUAGGGUGCCACGAUCCUUGGCAACAUGUAGACACUUGGUGGUUCUAGACUUCGGAAACAACAAGAUAAACGACACAUUCCCCUACUGGUUGGAAUUUCUUUCAGAGUUGCAUGUCCUAGUCUUUAAAUCCAAUAAAUUCCAUGGUCCUGUGGACUCUUCCAAAACUAUACUCCUUUUCCCAAAGCUUCUAAUCUUUGACCUCUCUCACAACGAGUUUAGUGGCUGUUUGCCUACAACAUAUUUCAAGCAUUUUAAUGCUAUGAAGAUGGUUGAUGAAAAGGUGGAAAGAAAAUAUAUGGGGCAAUCCUAUUAUUCUGAUUCAGUGACCAUCAUGUUGAAGGGGAAUGAGGUUGUAUUACCAUGA